AUGAAUUGUAUCAAGGGUGAAAUUCAUAAUGUUUUAUCUAUGAUGCGUAUUAAUGCACGAUGGGCAAGUAUUGAUCGAUUUACACAGGAAAUUCCAGCAUCCACUCAAUCGCCAAUGAUGCGUGCAUUUAAACAGUUACAUUAUGAUUUGCAAUCAGUUAUUGAUUUAAAUGAUGUGGAUACAGUAACGUAUCUGAUUCCAUUUAUUAUGGUGAUUGAAUCAGAACGUACAAGUGGAUUUAUCACAGGUGCUGCCAUUUCCGCAAUUAAUAAAUUUCUAUUAUAUGGUCUGAUCACGUGUGAAUCACUGCGAGCGGAUGUUGCAAUUAAUCGCAUUGCACUCUGUGUCUAUCGUUGUCGAUUUGAAGAAACCCAUCGAGCUGAUGAUGAAGCAGUAUUAAUGAAAUUAUUGGAACUUGUGGAAUACGCAGUACGAUGUGAAGCAGGAUAUUUGAUCUCAGGCGAGAAUUUAUGGAAAAUGAUUCAAUUAUGUUAUAGUAUACGUAGCCAACCACGAUCGUCCAUGCAUUUAUGUCGAUCAGCAGAUAAUACGCUAUCACACUUGGUGUUGACAGUAUUUGAUCGAAUUAAUGAACUUGGUUCAAGAAGAAAAAGCAGUCCAUCCUUGACGUCAAGUUCACCACAGAUGGAAGCACAAAAUGAAGUGGAUGAUGAAACAAUGAAAACCGAGACAGAAGAAUGUAUUCCAGACUACGAUGAUAGUCUUGAUACUUUGUCAGCACGGCAACCUGUAAAUUCACUCGAUCCAACAUUGGAAGUUCUUGCUAAAACAGUAGAAAAACCAUACGGAAUCCCAUUGUUGGAGCGAAUUUUGCACUUUAUCUCAAGUUUGAUCUCACCGACGGAGAAUGAAGAAAUGACGUGCGUUCAAGGAUUAAGGUUGAUUAAUGUUGUUCUGGAGACGGCUGGCACGGGACUUGGAAACCAUCCGUCCUUGGUUUCCGUAUUGCAAGGAGAUUUGUCCAAAUUUUUGCUCCAGAAUUCAGAAACGGAGGAACUGGGUAUUUUGUCGCUCACGCUGCGCGUUGUUUUCAACUUGUUUAACUCGAUCAAGGAUCAUCUGAAGGUGCAAUUGGAAGUAUUCUUUACAAGCGUACAUAUGCGCAUUAUUGAUUCGCCGUCGUGCUCGAAUGAACAGAAGGAGUUGGCAUUGGAGUCUUUGCUGGAGUUUUGCAGGGAGCCGGCACUCAUGCUGGACCUGUAUAUUAAUUAUGAUUGCGAUGUACACUGCACAAAUCUGUUCGAGGUAUUGUGCAAAUCGCUGGCCAAAAACUGUCAAUCCAUGUCUGGCACUGAUGGCAGUCUUAAUGCUUUGACGUUGCUGUGCCUUGAGGGAUUAUUAGCAGUCAUUGAGUCCAUCGCGCGACGUUGUCCAUUGAACACUUCUAUAAAGACGUCAGGAUCGAAGACUUUUGGAAGUAACUCAGGUAUCUUAAGUCUGAAAGGCUCUGAUUUAGCACGGUUCACGACAAGAGCACUUCCUGACAACGAGAGCAUGUCUGGCGAGUUUACAAUGGAAGACAUUUCACCCAUGUCUUCAGUUCGGGAUCUUAUGCAUCUUAUGAUGUCAGGAAGUGAGAGCGACUCGGAAUCCGAGCAGAGUGAACAAGAUAACCCGGCGGACCAGCUAGCGUGGCUACACACGGCUCGUGAACGAACUGCUGAAGUGUUGCAGCAGCGCAAGCGUAUCAAAAAACGCUACGCAUUGGCAGCGGAGAAAUUUAAUCACGACCAAAAGAAUUGGAUGGCAUUUUCGCAGCAAAUUGGACUUUUGCCCGAGAAGUUGACCCCUGAAUCUGUCGCGUCAUUUCUGCUGCACACACCCGGUCUGAACAAGACGCUUAUCGGUGAAUACAUUGGCGAUGGUCCGAUUGAGAAGUAUCCGUUUAAUGCUGCGGUGCGAAACGCUUAUGUUGCAAUGUUUGACUUCCACUCGGCCUCGUCAUUGGAUGAAGCACUGCGAAUGUUUUUGGCAAAGUUUCGCUUGCCUGGAGAGGCGCAAAAAAUCGAUCGAAUGAUGGAAGCAUUUUCCAAGCAGUUGUAUCUGCAAGCAGGUUCUUCAGGGCCUCUAGCCGACGCCGAUGCCGCUUAUGUGUUGUCAUUUAGUAUCAUCAUGCUGAAUACAGAUUUGCACUCAGACCACAUUACAAAGAAAAUGACGGUGGAAGAGUUUGUUCGCAACAACCGCGGAAUUAAUGCCGGCCAAGAUUUGCCGGAGGAGUAUUUGACGAACUUGUAUUACAAUAUCUUGGAAAAGGAGAUACAAAUGCAGCAUGAUGUGUCAGAUUUUAUGGAAUCUCCGUCCUCGACGGUUGACAGAUACUCAAUGCAGUGGGAAGGGGUACUGAAGCGCUCGGAGAAUGUAGUGGGCGCAAGCUUCACAUCGAAUACGAGCAUUCUGAAGCUGCGUGCUGGUCUUUACGAAAAGGACAUGUUCAAUCUGAUUUCCGAGAGCACUAUUAAGAGCAUAUUGUUGGCGUUCGAAAGGACAUGCGACUUGAACAAUAUGGAGCGUGCUUUGGAAGGACUGAGUAACUGCACCAAGAUCAUGCUCUAUUAUGAUAUGCUUGGCGAGUUCAACAAAAUUAUGGGUGUUCUUUCAUCUUACUUUCUCACUUUUGCUCACGGCAUUUUGAGCGGUGAAAAAGUGUAUGUGCCACCAAGCUCGUCGAAACACUCUUUUUCGCUCUCGUCCCCGUCGGAGCAUAGUACGACGGAGGCUAUUGAAGAGCGAAUUGUGCACCGUCAGGAUGAUGGUUCUGAAAUUGAGAUCUUGGCAUCUCCAGAGCAAUUAGGUCCUUCGAUUGAUGAAGAUGUCGUGCAAGGAGCAAAGACGCGUCGUGCGCUUUUAUCGCUAAAAUUGCUGUUUCAGUUUGUGCAGAAUAAAAGUGAAUACUUUCGCAAGGGCUGGGCGCAUGUGGUGGAAUGCAUGCUAAUGUUUAAUGAGCUGGACGCGGUUCCUACGUCAUUGGUAGAGAUUGAUGAUUUUGUUGACUCACGUGGUGUGCCUUUGCCUCCAAUGCAGGGUGGAGCUUCGGUCCAUGAUUCCUCUUCGUCGAAGUUAUUGCCAGGUCGUGGCCAAGGUGGAACAGGUCUGUCUGGAAAGACCCGUGAGCGGUCGAGACGACAGGCGGAGCGCCAAGAGGCAAUUCGAAGUCGUAUGAAAAGCAUGACACAAGCUAGUCAGGGUACUGCCUACGGGAGUCACGGACAAAGUGCUAAUGGUGGUUCUCUCUGGGGUUCUUUGUCAUACUACCUCUGGGCUGAGGAAGAGAAGAUUGAUGAAAGUUUUUCAUUGGUAAACAAAAUGCUUCGUAAAGAGGUAAUGAAACUUGGUGGUGGAAUCCUUGAAAAGGAGAAUUGGCUUCGUUUGACCCGCAAAUUACACGAGAAGUCGCUUACAAGCCUGCUUGAGACGUUGAUCCUGUGCCGCGAUCCGUUCAAGUGCAUUGUGCAGCCAUCUGAUUCGGGUGUGGAUGCAAUGAUGCAGGAGAACGCGAUUUUGGUGCUAGAAUUGAGUGUGGACAUUAUCUUAGUUAACUCACACCGCAUCUUGCAGCUUAGCUUGUGGGACUCGUUUCACCUGUACGCGAAGCGCAUCUUAUCGACACCAUUGAACGAAUUGCACAUGCGGGGACUUGUUGAACGUGUAGUGGUGCAUAUUCUGCGAGUCAGUAUUCGACUAUUUCACGACGAGCAGAUUCGGCCCAAGUUGAUGGCGACACUCGAGCUGCUUUUGACGAUGGAUUAUGAUAUAAACAAGGCCCUGAGUGAUCGACUAGCGUCAGGUAUGACCAUGUUGCUCAAGGCGAACCGUGUGUACAUGCACGAUUUCCAUGACUGGGAGGUAUUAUUGGGCAUCUUGAGCAAUGUGGUUGAAUAUAUCAAUAGUCGAUCAGCCUGCUGGGAAAGCGUCGUUGUGCUGGCGGAAGGAGGACACUUGAAUGAUGAUAACUUUACGCCGUGGAUGUCUUUAUGCUGUGAAUUUGUUCGUCAUCGGACAUCUUAUGCAGUUGACGCAUUGAAGCUUCUUCAAACACUGGCCAACAGUGACAACACAUACAAAAUGAAUGGCAAUUCGUGGCUUCAAGUCAUGCGGGUGAUGCUAAAAUACCUAAAUGAUGAUCGACCGCCCUUAGCAAAGACCGCAUGGGAUUGUUUACGCAAUUCGUUACUACUUCCUGGAGUACCGAUUGCAAAAGACACGUGGAAACAAUGUUUUGCUGACAUUAUUUUUGCUUUUGACGACCAGGCGACUGAUAUGACAGUGAGAAAGGCGCGUGAUGCUCCUUUGUAUAGUGUCACAUUGCUGUCCAAGACAUUUCUCCACAACUUGAACGUGUUAAUGGAGUUAUCCGACUUUUCAGAGCUGUGGCUGAAUGUGCUGCGUCGUCUAGCAAUUAAACUAGUAGCAUCUAAUUCGCCUUCCAUGCGAUCUCAGCACUCGAGUGUUGUGUUUGAGACAACACUGCAGUCAUUGUAUAAUCUACUGCUUGUACUGAAGGCUGAAGAUGUCCUUGAACGCGUGAGCACGAAGGACAGUACUGAAACGUUGUAUGAUGAAACAUGCGCAGUGAUUGAUGCUGUGUGUCCACACCUGAAGGAGCAAUUGGGUCUUGUCUCCGACGAUAUAACUACCACAUUCAUAGACGACGGAAGUGAGCAACGUAGUGAGCAGCUGAUUCCCGAAGCUAGAAGAGCAAGUGACAUGGAGACUAUAGAAGCUACGGACGAGGAGAAUAAUGAAGUGGUUGAUACUGGUGGUAUGGCUGAAAUAAUCAAGAGUGAAGGUCGUUGUGAUGCUGCAAUUGAGGGUAAAGUUGAAGUUGAAGUUGAAGUUGCUGAACCUGUGGACGAACAAGAUUCUGAUAUGCUGACGUCGAAUGUAGAGACGAUUGAAGCUUGUGGGUCUACAUUCAGUCAACAUGAAAUGUCUGGUACGCCACUUGAAACUGUCGUUAUUGGUAAUGGUACCUUUGGGAUCAAGGUGACUGAAGUUAUUGUCGACGAGAUUACCGAAGCUGUCUAA